CUGCUUAUAUCUCAUCGGAGUCGACAGUCUGUCGCCUCUACGUGUUCAUACCUUCCGACGCUGUUACAUUGAAAAUGACGUCACGACUCGUUCAAUCCUCCAGCGAUCGCGGUCGCCAGAUCACUGUGUAUGCCAACUAUCUCUCCCUGUCCAGUCCUUUCCCAACAAAACAAAUGUACCAAUAUGAUGUCGAGAUCAAACCGGAAAUCGUCGGUCGCGUGUUAGAGCGGCAGCGUGAGAUUGUGGACCGACUCCAGAACACCAUCGCCCCGAGUGUGUUUGCCCAAGGACGUGCGGUCUACGAUGGACGUUCAAUCAUGAUCAGCUGUCAUGAGCUCCCUAUUGGUCACGUCUCCCGGUUCAACGUGCCUAUGGCGGUCCGUCCCGACCCUGCCAGGCCCAAUCGAGGCGUCUACCUCGUCACCUUGACUCUCGUCAAAACACUUGACCCGAGGUGUUUGAUUGAAUACUGCAAUCCCUCUGCAAGCCAUCGUGUCAAUCAACCCGACGCUGUGGACACGAUCAACGCGCUCAAUCUGAUUUUCAGGCAGGCACCGAUGAUGAGACUCCCACAUACGUCCAAAUCAUACUAUCUUCCUCACAAGAAACGCAUGAUCAGCGAUGAUAUUUCCCUCUUUCUCGGUCUAUUCCAAUCCGUCCGACCGGCGAUCAACAAGCUGUAUAUCAAUGUAAACACUACUGCUGGAAAAUUCUGGAAUCCCCGACCAGUGCUUGACGUCUUAAUGGGUCUUUUCAACUUCCAAGACGUGCGACGUCUCGUCAAUCUUGGGCCCAGAGAGUUGCGCGAAGCGACCAGAUAUCUUCGUGGGGUUAAAGUCAUUUCAGAACAUAGGAAGGACCCUUUGCCGCCGCGACCAAUACAGUCUUUCAUCCGAGAAGGAGCUAACCAAUACGAAUUGGAUGAUACGGGCGAAACCAUCCUCAACUAUUUCUCGAGAGUCUAUCAGUACAACCUGAAAUUCCCCUCCGUGUGCUGCGUUCGAAUCAAUGAAAAGAUCGUGUUCCCCCUUGAAACGCUGCAAAUCAUACCGAAUCAAUUCUUCAAACACGAGCUUCCUGCCCGAUGCCGCGACGCUAUGCUUAACUUUACCGCGAGCCGUCCCGAACAACGAUUGGAUGCCAUAAUGAACAAUAUCUCUGAGCUCAAUUACCCCAAUUCUGACUAUGUGCGGGGUGCGGGACUAAGUGUCAACACUAAUGAGCCAAGGAAGUUGACGGCAGGGGUGAUGCCCAGCCCUGAGAUCCUGUAUGCUAACGGCAGAACUGCGCGCAUUGAGAAUGGAACCUGGAACACGAGAGACGAUGUAUUUUGGAGAGGCGCUGAAGUCAAGACUUGGAUAUGGGUAUCCACAGUGCCGGACAGUCUGUUCUCCUUUCAGAAAGUAAAACAAGUUCGCGAUAUGCUUUCUGAUGUCAUGCGUCGUCGAGGCAUGAAACUCCCACGAGACGCUGCGCCUACUUUCAUGAUCAAUGCACAUUCGUUGUAUAAGGAGCUACACCGACUUUAUAAGGAAGCACAGGAAAGGCUGGGAGGCCUGGAAUGCCUAGUCCUGAUCACUGAUCGUUCCUCCGAUCUCUAUUACACUCUGAAACACUUCGGCGAUGUGGAAGUUGGUAUUACGACACAGCACCUCGAUUAUCGCAAGUUAGUGAAGGUGAAUGACCAGAUUUGCGCCAAUAUUGCUAUGAAGCUGAACCCCAAGUUGGGUGGCAUAAACCACGUUCCUUCCGUAAAAUCUGUCGCGUGGCUCCGUGAGAGACCGACGAUAAUUUUUGGUGCCGAUACUAGCCACCCUGGCCCAGGAGACCCGGAAAAACCUACUGUUGCUGCGUUGGUUUCUAGCGUCGACGAGACGGGGACGAAAUACAGAGCUACUGUGAGGAUUCAACCUAGUCGCGUGGAAAUCGUUCAAGAUCUGCGUGAGAUGGUCGUGGAUGCUGUGAAAGCGUUCCAACUCUAUCAGGAACAUAUUGAGAAACGCACAGUCGUCCCUCAACGCGUACUGUUCUACAGAGAUGGUGUCGGCGAAGGGCAGUUUCAAGAAGUAUGCGAUCAGGAAAUCGUUGCCGUCAGGGAAGCCUUUGCUUCGAUGAAGAUGCCCCCGCCGACGAUUACGUUCGUCGUGGUUGGCAAGCGUCACCAUACCCGAUUCUUCCCCGUGGAUCAGCGAGAUGCUGAUCGCUCUGGAAAUGCGCCUUCUGGAUUGAUCGUGGACCAUGAUAUCGUCCACCCUGCAUACGUCAACUGGUUCCUUCUCAGUCAAGGCGGGCUCAAGGGAACUUCUCGUCCUAUGCACGCGUGUAUAAUGAAAGACGAGAAUCGCUUUCCAGUCCACACUCUGCAACAUCUCACCUUUACUCUCACGCACAACUUUGCUCGUGCGACGCGUGCUGUCUCCAUCCCAACUCCUAUCUACUAUGCUCAUAUUGCCAGUGGUCGUCGUCAAAUUCAUUUCAAGAGGCCCGGUGCGGGCACUACUGCAACUGUUAUCUCUGGCGAAAUGUCAUAUAAAGAUUAUGAGGAUGCCUUUCACAGCAUCCAUACCAAAAUGUCAAAUAAACAAUACUUCAUGUAACAG